UCAGUCGGUCCUCUGAUGAAUCGCGGCGUGCGGCGGCGGUGGCGGCGCGGCGGCGGCAGUGGCGGAGCGCCGCGCCAGUCGCGCUCAGCCGUCGGUGGCGACGGGACCGGUCGACGCGGUGCGGUGACCGACGGACUGCGUCGAGCGCGACGUGUGCUGUGACCUCUCGGUGAGCGGUGGGUCGGCGGUCGGUUCGGUUGAGAGCAGUGUCGUGGUGCGGCGGCGUCGCUGUGUGUCGUCCGUCCGGUAUCGAGACGCUCGAUUCCGGGCGGGUGCGGCAGUUUGAUUCCGGGCGGGGGCGGCGGUGUGCUUCCGGGCGGGGGCGUCGCGAUGGGGUGACGGACGAGGUCCAGGGCGGCGACUCGUCAGCGCCAGCGCUGGGAGCAGCGCCAGCUCAGCCUUUGUGGGAGACUCGCGAUGAGCGCAGAGGAGGCGGCACGCGGCCCGGCCGACUAGCAUGUGGUACCUCCGCGCGGCCGCGCUGCUGUGCCUCAGCUGGCCGGCCACCGCCGCGUGCCCGCCGCCCGAGCGACAGCCGCGCUGCCCCUGCUACGACUUCGACGGCGGCCUCUUCGUCGACUGCAACACGGUGAACGCGUCCGAGGUGGGCGGCGCGCUGGCGCAGGUCCACGGGCCGGUCAAGUCGCUGAGGGUGUACGAACUGGAGCCGACGCUGCGGGAGCUGCCGGCGGACUUCCUCGGGAACGGUACUGUGCGGGAGCUGCAGAUCUCCCAGUCCGGCCUGCAGCGACUGAGCGAGCUCAGCCUGGCCGGCGGUGGUGCCGUGCUACAGAGCGUCGCGCUGGUACGGGGGAAACUGAGCUCAGUACCGCGGACGGCGCUGGCUGGACUGCCACAGCUGGUCAAACUGGAUCUAGAACACAACGAGAUCAGACAGCUGGAGAGCUACGACUUCCACGGUCUGAGGCUCGUCUCACUUGACCUCAAGAGUAACGGCAUAGAGACUGUGUCUGAGUACGCCUUUGCUGGCCUCGAGGAGACUCUGGUGUCGCUGAACGCUGCCAAGAACCAACUAACGCUCUUCCCUCUCAGUGCCCUGCGCCGGCUGAAAGUACUCACCACACUGAACCUCGGCUGGAAUCACAUAGACAAGAUGGUACACGACGGCUACAGCAGGUUUGAGCGUCUGGAAACCCUGGAUCUCAGCGCGAACCAGUUUACUGCGCUGACGAGUGGUACGCUGGCGGCAUUUCCUGCGCUACGGAGGCUUUCAAUGCACAUGAACCAGGUGGAGCACGUGGAUCCCUCCGCGUUCACCGGUAACCGUCUCCUGCAGUCACUAGACCUCAGUCACAACCGACUGCGGGCGCUGCCGGCGGGACUCUUCGCCCGCUGUCCGGCGCUGCGUACCGUGGACCUGAACGGGAACCAUCUCCACCAGAUCCCAGACGGUCUCUUCGACGCUCACUCGGACCUGAAGGAGCUCUUUCUCGCCAAUAACAACCUGCUGCAGAUCGCUAACGAGACUUUCGGCAACGCUUCUCGCCUAGCGGUGUUGCAUCUCCAGAACAACGCCAUAGAGCGAGUGGAGGCGGACGCCUUCGCUGCUCUUCCACAACUGGCGCAGCUGCAUCUGAACAGGAAUCAGAUCCCUGAGCUCCCAGCCAUGGUGUUCCACGCCACCAAGGGUCUGACUGUUCUCAGUCUGGAUGGCAACAAGCUGAAUGACCUCCCUGAGGGACUGUUCUCUCAGCUGGCCAACAUCCGGGAGCUGCGAUUACAGAACAAUCGGCUAACUUCGGUGCGCGCUGACGACUUCGAGUCGCUCACGAGCUUGCAAGAGCUUCACCUCCAACAGAAUCGCCUACAAACGGUGGGUGACGCUGCGUUUGUUGGCCUUCACAACCUGCAGCAUCUAAAUGUGCAGGGGAACCAGGUGCGCCAGCUUGGCGGCGUGCUCAGCAGUACGCCCACCAAUCUCAUCUCAUUACAACUGGACGCCAACGCUCUGACUGGACUCUCAGAUUCCACGCUUCGUGGACUCACCGUGCUGGAAAUCCUGGGUCUAAACGGCAAUACGAUCGCUUAUCUACCACCUGGUGCACUAAGUGAUCUGAGGAGCCUGCGAAAGCUGUAUCUGCAAGAUAACCUGUUGACUGAACUGCCGAACGGUACCUUUGCUAGCUGUGGCGAACUAACCGUUCUCGACCUUAGUCGCAACAAACUCCGUCGGCUUGAUCAGCACAGCUUUGCUGGGCUACGGAGUUUGACAAGACUUGACCUAUCAGGGAACGCAAUCAUGGAUAUUGCACCCAGGACCUUUGAAACGCUCACGAGUCUUCGUGAGCUAGACCUGAGUGAAAACGAGAUCCCUGUGACACAUAGGACAAUGUUUGAAGGCGGUGUGCCGCUCCGCAGACUGGUGCUGCGUGCUUGUUCCAUUACACGAAUCGAAGAAGGCACCUUCCAGGACUUACCGGAACUGGAGGAGCUCGACUUACGGGGAAACAUGCUGGAAAAGUUGGUGCUCGGCUUUAUGUGGAUUUCGACACUAAAACGGCUCUCGGUAUCGUUCAACAAUGUGCGUGAACUCGACCGAAGCGUCUAUCACGGAGUGCCCAUGCUCGAAACACUCGAAAUGGAGAAGAUGAACCUCAACAGUGUUUUUGUUAGCCUCGUGGCAGACAACACACAAAUCAAGGUGAUAAAGCUCGGAUAUAACAAGCUCACGCACAUUGACCCUGCGUUCUUUGGUAAUUUAGUGUUUCUGCGUGAGCUGCACCUGAACUUUAAUCUAUUCAAGAGCGUGUCCUUUCCUGAACUACGCAAUCUUGAGGUAUUGAACCUGGCGCACAAUCAGCUCUCAGAACUCUCAGAUGUGUCAGUGCGUGGCUUAACUGGUCUUAAAAUUCUCAACCUUUCUAACAAUAUUAUCUCACGUGUGUCGUCUCGGCCGUUCGCGAACCUGGACAGCCUUAACACCGUCCUUUUGCAACACAAUUUCCUGAAAGUCGUAGCACCGGGCUCCUUUUAUCGUGCAUCGAUCGUGACACUAAACCUUGCCUUCAACGAGUUCGACAUGAUUCCACGUUUCGUGACGUCCGACUCGCUGGAGUCGCUGCGCAGUCUGAACCUCACCGGCAACCCUCUGCGAAAGCUGCUUAGCGAGGAGCAGCAGAACGUCGGACGGGUCCCGGCCCUCGAACAGCUGACCGCCUGCAGCACUGCCCUCACCAACAUCGCCUCCAACGAGCUCGGCAUCUUCCCGAAACUGCGAGAGCUGCGGCUCUGCGACGGCCGCAUCACGCGGGUGUCCCCCGGAGCGUUCCGGUCUCUCUCGCAGCUCCGCUCGCUGGAUCUGAGCGGUAACGCGCUGGAACGCCUUCCCGCCGAGCGUCUGCGCGGCAUGCACGCGCUCCGCCGGCUGAACCUGACGCAGAACAUGCUGCGUGAGCUGGACCGUCUGCCGGCCGACCUGGCGACGCUGACCUCUCUCGACCUCAGCGGUAACGCGCUGACGGACAUACCCCCGGAGACGCUGUCUGCUCUGACAGCGCUCACCGAGCUGAGAGUCGCCGACAAUCGCCUCCGCCGGCUGGACGGGCGCAGUCUGACCGGCCUGUCCGAGCUGCAGCAGCUCGACCUGGCCGAUAACGCGCUGCCGCGUCUGCCGCUGCAGCUGCUGUCAACGGUGGAGGUGCGACUGAAGUAUAUUGCGCUCACAGGGAACCCGCUGCACUGCAGCUGCGAGCUGCGGGAGAUGUGGGCCUGGCUGCAGGAGCACUCCCACCUGCUGUCCACUCGGAACGUGACCUGCGGCUCGCCGGAGAACCUGCGGGGCCAGCCGCUGGUCGACCGCUCGUCGGCCUUCUUCUGCCCCUUCCCACUGGUGCAGAAAAUCGCCAUUCAGGACAUCCAGCCGCACUCUGUGGUUGUCUCGUGGCAGUCCCGGAACGCCAGCGGAGUGCUCGGCUACCGGAUCCUACACCAGCGACUGGGCGCGCCGCCGGCGCCGCCGGCCGCCGGCUCCGAGCACGCGCUGGCUCAGCGCGAGGACACCAGCCGGCCGGUGCUGACGGCGCCGCUGGAGCCGCGGCGGCGCUCCCACCAGCUGGACGGGCUGGCCGCCGACACCGAGUACCGGGUCUGUGUGGUCGGCCUGGGGGACUGGCUGCGCGCGGAGAGCCUGGCGCGGCUCGGCCGGCCGGCCGGAGCGCCGCCCGACGCCGCCAGCCCCGACAGAAAGUGCGUGCAGGUGCGGACCCUGGAGUCGGCGCCGCUCUCGGUGCUUGCCGCUAACCUGGGCCUGAUCCUGGGCAGCUCGGUCGGCCUGGGCAUGGUGUUCGUGCUUUGCGUGGCUGUGGUGUGCGCCCGGAUCAACAAAGACCGCUCGCGUCCGCCGCCCAAGCCGGACGACGUACCGCCGCUGCCGGCCGGCGCGCUGGCGCUCACAGAGAGCUACCCGAGCUACCGGCACUUUGCCGCCUCCAGUGACGAGCUGUUCGAGACGAGGACGUGACCGCGCGCCGCCAGCAGUCGUUAGUGCUGAAUGGAGCCGCCGAGGGACCCUAAUGGCGGCCCGGUGCUGAGCUGGCCGUGUGCUCCUGUUUGGUGCCGCCCGCGGCGCGAUAAGGCCAUGGAGAACGAAGCAACAACUCCCGGCCCGGGAAAGGUCACCGGGCCAAGAGCAACAAACAGCGGUGCUUGCCGCUCGGACCGAGCACGUAACUUGGUUAAAGUGGUUUUGUAUCGGCGAUAUCGUUAACAAACUAGGCAAGUGGCUAACGGCUGGCGAUCGUCGCUUUUGGAGCAGCUACAGGGAUCAGAAUGUAUGCUCUGAUAAAUAUGUUGUUCAAAUGUGUUGGCAGACUCAGUGGUUCGGGAUACCGACGGGUGUCAGCGUGGUAAAAUCACACAGAGGACAUUCGUCAGCCAAGCUGAUUGUGUCCCAAACCAUGCAUUCGGGUGCCAACGUUUCCAUGUGUAUGUUGGUGUGAUGCUUAUGUUCGUUGUUUCGAUUCACAUCGUCAUCGUGCUAGCAUUGUGCUAAGGUGGUCUUUGAGACAGCCAAGUUAUCAGCUGUGAACAUGUUUAUGAGGUUUAUAGCAAGACAUUGUGAAAACUUGGUGACGUUGUGAUAGCUUAACCAAUAUGAUGUAUCGCGGUACUCGCCGUAAAUUUGACCUCAGAAUGCUGAUCCUUGCAUGUAAUUCGUUCUUAUGUUGCACAUAUUGCUGUUCCUUUUUGAUUUCACAUCUGGGUUCUUUUACAUGCUGUGUUCAUACUAUUUUUCCUUUUUAAGGUUACUUUUUUAUAGCUUUUUGCUGACUAAUUGUGUCACAUACUUCAUGGAGAUCUUCAUUUUUGGCAACUAGCAUUCCAGACUACGUACUGCUGUUCAAAACUUCGUCGUGUUUCGAUGUGUCAGCGUUCAACUACGCCCGACCAGAUCCUGCAGGGGAUCUGAUCUUUCGGAGAAUCAAAUUCCGAGAGAUCAGAGAUAAGUGACGCUCCAAUUGGUCGCUAGUCUCCCUGUGCCGAGUCACUCGACCACCAAAGGGCGCGGCUAGGGGGUCUUGCUGUGCAACACGUCACAGUACGGCGAGUGUCGUAUGCGACUGUUGUAUACGAUGGGAUUCGUAUGCCACGUUUUGUGAGAGUGAUCCGGUGUUUUCAGAUCAAUACAGAAUGCGAUGAUUGGU